AUAGAUAGAUAGAUACCAUGUGGUCACCUUCCAUAGGUAAUUUCCGCUGUUAUCUGGAGUAGGCUAUGUUAAGUGCAGGAGGAGCCUCACAUUCUGCUGCCGUGAUCUUGUGCGAAGAGCAUUUCAGUGUUUAUACACAAAGAUAUCGCUAAAAGAUGAAAAAAAUGCUGGGAAAUCUAAGCUUGGACUCCCUCUCUUCUAAAUUAUCAGAAAAGCAAAGAAAGCAGCUCUGUUCCUUGAUGGGGAAUGUUGAACUGACUCUUCUCUACAAAGCUUCUGUUCAUGGAUAUCACGCUUCUGCCUUCCACCAGCGAUGUGACCGUCAGGGUCCAACAUUACUUGUAGCCUACAACCGUUCAGGCUACAUCUUUGGUGGAUACACUAGUGUAGAUUAUACUCAAAGUGGACGGGAUAUUAGAGAUGAGAGAGCUUUCCUGUUCAGCUUUCAAGGUGUUCAACAUUCAAAUCCUCUCUGCAUCAAAAUUAACAGUGGAUAUACUGCACGUUAUGAUGAUGCUAGAGUACCCAACUUUGGUGAUCAGCUGUACUUUUGCUACAACAACCAACCAGUUGUGUAUGAUCAAAGAGCGGGGAAUAAUGCAUUCAAUUUUCAUCCUGCCACAGUGUAUGGGAAUGACACUCAACUAACUGAAUGUGAGGUGUACAAAGUGGAACAAAAAAAAGAUCCUCAGAUCAGUGCCAAGGUGAAGCCGUGGAGGAAUGUUGAGUGGACAGCAAAACGAAGAGACGAGCUCAUGAAAAUGAUCAGGAAUUAUAAACCCAUGAUGACGUCUGUGAGUCGUGUCAGAAUCCUAAUGAUCGGUCCUGUAGGUGCUGGAAAAUCCAGUUUCUUCAACUCCAUCAACUCCAUCUUCAUGGGCCGCAUGACCAGUAAAGCCAUGUCAGGAUCUGCAGGCACUAGCCUCACCACACAGUUUCGCACAUACCCAGUGAAAGACGGUCGUGAGGGAAAGCCACUGCCGUUUGUGUUGUGUGACACCAUGGGACUCGAGGAGCAAUCAGGUGCAGGACUGGAUAUUGAGGACAUCAGCAGCAUUCUUCAAGGUCACGUACCAGACCGCUAUAAAUUCAACCCCAGGACACCAUUUCAACCAGAUGAGCAAAAGGCCUCCAAACCUGCAUCUCUACAGGAGAAGAUCCACUGUGUGGUGUACGUGAUAGACGCCACCAAAAUCUCCCUCAUGUCUGACAAACUAGAGGAAAAACUUGCUGCCAUACGCAGAAAAGUGAACUCACUGGGCAUUCCCCAGAUGGUUUUGAUGGCAAAAGUAGAUGAAGCAUGUCCUGAUGUGGAGGAAGAUCUUCAAAAUGUUUAUAUCACUUCCUACAUCAAGACGAAGGUUCAGGAGGUGAGCUCUCGGUUGGGUGUGCCGGUGUCUUGUGUGUUACCGGUGAAGAACUACAGUCAGGAGCUGGAGCUGGAGCUCAACUGUGACGUCCUGCUACUCACCGCUCUACAGCAGAUGCUCAACUUUGCAGAUGACUAUCUGGAUGAUGCUGGUCCUAUUUAGGACAAUCUUAUAAAGUGCUACUAGUGAAGUUUUUUCUCCCUUUGUAGCUGAUUUAAUGUUAUAUUUGUGUGUAAUCUUAUAUUGGUUUGCUAUUUGUACUACUUAUUAUAGAUGUAUAUCUCUAGAUAACCACAAUAAGUCAUUUUAAGAUUAUUCUGUUCUGUUUGUCUUCUUUCAGAAUCAUAUAUACCCAUUCAAGAAAAUGAUAGGAAGUGCAAACAAAGAUCUUAUCACUUAAGCAUGUUGCAUUUUUGCUGUUGUAGUUGCUUGUUAUAUUGUUGUGCCACAGUAGUUAAAAGUGUAAUACUAAUGACGUGUUAGUACUGCAAAUAAAGAGAAAUACACAGUAAAAACUGUAUAAGCAUAAAAUAUGUUUCUUUCAAUAAAUGGGAAAUUUGUGA